CCACCUCCAUCACCCCUCCCCACCACCUCCACAGUUUCAUGAGGUGCUGCUGUUGUUGUGGUGUGAGGGAGCAUCACUCAGACGUUGUUGAGGUUAUUUUCGAUGCCGACUGUACGGGCGGCGAAGCACAGAGUUGCCUCGCUAGGAGUUUGAGAAUUUUUUUUGUAAUCGAGCUCGGGGUUAAAACAUUGUUCGUGUCCUGAAAUGGUUUUAAUGAAGAAGUUGUAAAAAAAUAAAUAAAUUAACCAUCAAGAAGGCGUGGGGCGCGGCGGCCUAGCGCAGGCCUCGUCUAGGCGAGCAGAAGCCUGAGGCCUAGCGCCUCAGGCCUGAGCCGCGCGCCGAUCCGUCGCUAUAACGCGACAAUAAUGCUCGCAUUUAAACUGGUGUUUUAGUUUGAGAAUUUGUAAUUCACAAUUCGAUUCUCUUUUUUAGUUUGUUGCGUGCGGGGUUUAUUUUUUUUUACACUCCCUCGGUUUUAAAAUCGCCAAGAUGAGCGGAGUCUGAAGGCUCAGGACGCUGACUGAGUCAUGCUGGACGAUGACCCGUCAUGUGACCUCUCACAUGACCCCACCUCGUCAUCCACCACCACCACCUCCUCCUCCGCUCGCUCCACGCGAAGCUCACAGGAAGUGACAUCACAGCGGCCACGGGGACAGGAAGUGACCUCACAGCUGCGCCGCUCACAGGAAGUAACAUCGCAUCGGCGGGGAAAGGAAGUGACAUCACAACUGCGGGGACAGGAAGUGACACCUCAGCGGCGCCAGGGACAGGAAGUGGCGUUCCUGGCGGGGAGAGAGGCGGAGGGCGAAGGGGAGGAGCCGUGCUUCUACGAAACGGUGGAAGGAGGAGUGCGCCUGUUCCGCUGCCGCCUGUGCGCCUACAGCAGCCCGCGGAGGUCGUACCUCCCCACGCACAACCUGACGCACACCCAGCAGAACCCCUUCUCCUGCAGCCUCUGUCCCUACGAGUGCAAGUCCAAGCAGCAGCUGGACACGCACGCCAUGAAACACUCGGGCCUGCGCCCCUUCAAGUGUCCGCACUGCGAGUAUGCGACAUUCGCCCGGAGCCACUUGCGCCAGCACCUCGCCCGCUUCCACCACCACCACCCCUCCCCCUCCCCCCCCCUCUUGACCCUCUCCCGUAGGGGAGGGGCUCGGCGUGCCCGCUCCCGGGGUGGCGGGGGAGGAGCGGGGGGAGGGGCGGGGGAGUCCCUCGCCCUGCUCCAGCACGGCAGAGCCAGGGGCCACGGAGUAGGAGGAGGGAUGAGCCCCCCACUAGCACCACAGCCACCCAGGCUGCCCCCCCGGGUCCUCUGCUGCUCCCGCUGCCCCUACCGCACCUCGCGGAGGGACCGGCUCCUCCUGCACCAGACCCGUCGUCACGGCAACCACCACGACCACCCAGCCACCAUCACGACCGCCGCAGCAACAACGACAACAACCAACAAUGACAGCAAAUCCUCUGGAGGAGAUUUAGGAGGGAAAUUUAGAGGAGGUGGAGGAGGUGGAGGAGGAGGAGGUGGAGGAGGGAGCUCCCUGCUCCGAGCUGCGCUAACCGCCGUGCCCUCGGCUGCCUCCUCCUCCUCCUCCUCCUCGCCUCUCCGUAUUAACCUGGGAUCACUGCUCAAAGGCAGGCGGGCACCAUCCAUGGGUCGGGGCUCUCGGACAAGGUCACGGCCACCGCCACCGCUGCCGCCGGCGACGACGGCGACGACGACCGCGAGGAGGAGGAGGAGGAGGACCUCGCUGGAGGAGGUCGAGGGAGAUCCGGAGGACGCGGAGGGAGAUCUGGGAGAUCCGGAGGAGGCGGGUGCCCUGGACGACCUGGAGAAGGCGGAGGAGGCCCAGGAAGAUCUGGAGGGGGAUGAGGAGGCCCACGGCGACCGAGGAGACCUGGGGGAGAACCCUCACGGUGAGCUGGGGGAGGCGGAUCACUUCAAGUCGCCAGGGCACCCGGCCGCCGUGACAUCGGAACCCCUCAACGGAGACUCUGGGACCGCCGCCCUCUCAACCACCACCGCCGCCCUCUCAGCCGACGCUGCCGACAGCGACCGCUGCUCCUCCGCCGCCUCCGCCGCCUCCGCCGCCUCCGCCGCCUCCGCCGCCUCUGCUGGUCCCGCAUCGCCGCCACCGCCGCCGCCACCACCGCCUCAGCCGCCACCGCCUCAGCCGCCGGCGGCGUUGGGCGGACGCAAGGUGCCCCCUUUGCGCCAGGCCAAGUCCCGGGCCUCCUUCAGCCGCCCGUCCCCGUUCCCUCCGCAGGCGGCCGAGGGCCCCGCCUUCCGGCGUGCCGCGGGAGGCCACUACCAGUGCCUGCAGUGCCCCUUCCUCACCGCCCACCGCCGCUCCAUCUCACGCCACGUCCUCAACAUCCACACGGGCGGCGCCCGGCGCCAAUCCGGCGGUGGUGGCGGUGGUGGUGGCAGGAGGAGCAGGGGGGGUAAGGAUGCCGGGCCGGAUUUUGGCACCCCGGGAUCCCGGCCCGCCCAGGGCUUCUCCUGCCAGCGCUGUGACUUCCGCUGCGCCACAGCCUACUCCUUCGUGCUGCACGUGCAGGCCCACCGGGGCAGCGGCGGCGGGGCGGGGAGCGGAGCAACGGGCGACGUCGGCGCGGGGGCCGCGGGGGCCGCGGGGGCCGCGGGGGCCGCGGGGGCCGCGGGGGCCGCGGGCCCGGGGGCCCCCGCGGACGUGGGGGCGGACGACGCGGCCGGCGGGCGGAGGAAGGCGCCGGCUCGGAGGUUGCGCUGCGCAUGCUGCGACUACCGGAGCCACUCGGUCAAGGGCCUCCGCGUUCACCAGCAACUGAAGCACGGCCUGUGCGACUUCACGAAGGGUCUCCUCUACGACGAGGUGGAGGAGGAGGAAGAGGAGGAGGGGGAGGCCGCCGGGAGGGGGCGGCGGCGGCUUCGCGGCUCCGCGGACGCCGCCAACCGCCCAUCCCCCUCAUCGUCGUCGUCCGGCGGCAACAACAACAACAACAACAACGGCGCAACAACAACCACAACAACAACAACAACAACAACGGCGGCAAGAGGCGCCCAGGCGAUUCCGUACCCCGAGCCGGGCGAGAUCUGCACGGAUGGAGACAGGGUUCACAUCCACCUGGACGGAGAGGGUUUCGACGACGACGUGGAGGACGAUGAUGAGGACGACGAGGAGGACGAUGAUGAGGACGAGGACGAGGAGGACGACGACGAGUACGGGGAGGUGGAGGACGGCGAGGUGGAGGACGGGGAGGUGCUGGACGGGGAGGUGGAGGACGGGGAGGUGGAGGACGGCGAGGUGGAGGACGGGGAGGGGGAGCUGAGCUGCUACGUGGACGCGGCGGCCCCGGGGAGGCGCCGGAAGUCGCCGUCCGGCGUCGUCUCCCGGCUGCCGCCUCCGCCGCCUCCGCCGCCGCCUCCUCCGCCGCCUCCUCCGCCGCCUCCUCCCUGCCACGCGGAGCCGCCCGGCGGCACCACCGCCGCGGCCGCGACCCCCCUCGACGCCGCUGCCACCACGGAGCCCCCCGACGCGUCUCCGUGGGGGGCUCACUCAGCCACCGCUCGCCACCACCACCACCACCACCACCGCCACCACGACGCUCACCACCCUGCGCAGCGGAAGCGUCCGCGCAUCGACGAGAUCGCGAGCUCGCUGCACACGCGCAUCCAGCGUCGACACGUCCUGCUGGCCUCGCCCUCCUCCUCGCCGCAGCCCUCUUCGCCGCCGUACUCCUCCUCCUCCUCCUCCUCCUCCUCGUCCCGCUACCACCACCGGCAGCACGGCUACGGCGGCUACGGCGGCAGCGGCGGCGGCGACGUCGGACGUAGGACGAGGAAGAGGAGCAGGAAGGGAGGAGGCGUGACCUGCGGCGACGAUGACGACGACGACGACGACGAUGAUGAUGAUGGCGGCGACGACGACGGUUACGACGACGGUUACGAUGACGGUGGCGAUGAUGACGAUGGGCGAUGGUGGCACGACGAAGACGGCGGCGGCGACGACGACGGCAACAACGACGACGACGACGACGACGACGGCUCUCCCUAUCGACGGCAGCAGCAGCAGCAGUCCAACAACUCUGGCAGAUCGUUUGGCGGCGGCGUUCCACGACCGUCCCCCGCAUCAUCCUCCACCGGGUCGACGACGACAACAACGACGACGGCAGCGACGGCGGCGACGACGGCGACGGCGGCGACGACGUUCCGCUGCAAGCAUUGCGAGUACCACAGCGCGACGGCGCGGGGCGUGAGCACGCACUACCAGCGCAUGCACCCCUACGUCAAGUUCAACUUCCGCUACAUCCUGGACCCGCUCGACCGCUCGGAGACCUACCGCUGCCUCGAGUGCCCCCACGAGUCGCCGGCGCUGCCCGCGCUCAAGCGCCACUACUCGCGGCGCCACCCGCAGGCGCUCUACGUGCACAGCCUGGAGCGGCCCGGCCGCUCGCUCUACCGCUGCGUCGCGUGCCCCUACACGAACGCCAACGUGCGCGGCAUGAUGCCGCACUACCAGAGGAUGCACCCAGGCGUCGCCGUCACCAACGCGCUCAUCUUCUCCAGCUUCGUGAGGCUGCCGGACGACGGCGGCGGCGGCGGAGACGGAGACGGUGGGGGCGACGGUGAUGAUGGCGGCGGCGGCGGCGGUGGUGGUGGUGAUGGGGAUGGGGAUGCAGCGUCGCCCGUAGGCAGAGGUGGAGGAGGAGGAGGUGGCGGCGUUGGCGACCAUGGAGGAGUUGCAGGAGGCAAGUCGCGUGGACACGGCGGCCCGUCUCCGGCGCCCGGUCGCUGGCAGUCGCCGUCGCCCGACGCCACGGCAACCGCGGCAACCGCGGCAACCGCUGCCGGCCCGCCCCAGCCGCCACCGCGGCCAACCACGGCCUACCAAUGCGACCUGUGCACCUACACGCACCUCAACAUCCACUCGGUCCUCAUCCACUACCAGCGUGGUCACCGCGACGUCAAGGCCUCGUACUCGCGCAUACGCAAGGUGGCGCUGGGUCCCGACGGCGUCCCGCGGGCUCCCACCCUCGCCCGCCCCGCCACCAACUCCCCCCCCUCCUCCUCGUCAGCCGGGGCGGCGGCGUCGGCGGCGGCGUCCCCGGCAGCGGCAGCGGCGGCGGCAGCGGCAGCCCACGCGGCGGUCGCACCGGGAGACCUGCUCUACUUUUGCCGCCACUGCACCUACUCCCACCGCAGCGUGGAGUCCGUGCUGGCACACUACCGGCAGUCUCACCCAGACGUCGUGGUCACCGCCGGUUACAUCCGUCGCGGCUACAGCCUCCUGCCUCGUCCCACCACCGGCGGCACCGGCGGCACCGGCGCCGGCACCGCCGCCGACGCGUCCGGAGGCCAGCAUGGCGCACUGCAGCCGCUCGGCGCCAGGGUGAAGGUGGGGGGGCUGGAGAAGGCGGAGCCCGCCGACCCGCUGGCACUCUUCUACUGCCGGGUGUGCCCCUACGACAACCGCACCCUCAAGGGCGUGCUGGUGCACUACCAGAAGCGCCAUGGCGAGGUGAAGAUCACGGGGCUGGCGGUGAGGGAGCACACGGAGGUCGUGCGCCGUCGGAUCCUCCUCAUGCAGCAGCAGCAGCAGCAGCAGGACGGGAAUCAGAAUCAGCCGCGGAAGAAGAUGAUGGAGUUCCAUGACGGAAAUCGGCAGCAGCAACAGCAUCCGAAGAUGGAAUUGGAUGACGGAAAUUUGCUUAAGCAGCAUCAUCAGCAGCAGCAGCAGCAUCACCAGCAGGGCAUGCUUAGCAGCCCGUGGCCACAACCACUCUACCCUCUCUCUGAGAAAGGAAAGGAGAUGAUGAUGAUGAUGGUGGUGGGCGGCGGCGGUGGCGGUGGUGGUGGCGGUGGUGGUGGUAGUAGUAGUAGUAGUGGUGGUGCCAGGCUAGGUGCACCGGUCGUUUCAGCUUCGGCUGCGUUGGAAGCUGCUUCGGCAGCUCCUUGCGCGCCGGUCAUGGCGGCCGUUAUGGGCGGAGGAGGAGAAGGCGGUGCCACGAGGGUGAAGAGAGGAAGUGGAGGCGGUGGAGGCGGUGGAGGAGUUGGAGCAGGUGGAGGAGGCGCAGCGUCCAGAGCCGAGGCGCGGGCGCUACGCUUGGCACCGCCUGCCCUGUGGUGCAGAUUCUGCGAUCGACGGGAACGUUACAUCCUGGAUCUCCGCAGGCACUAUGAGGAGGCUCACCCCAAGGUUGCCGUCACGUCCGGCACGCUGCUGGCGUGGGCGUCCCAGGAUGGCCAGGUGUCCCCUGGCUACCACUGCGAGCUCUGCGGCUUCCGCCACUCACUGGCCAAGGGCCUGUACGCACACUAUCAGCACGGCCACCGCUCCCACGCCAUCAACUACCAGUACGUCCUCACGCAGCUGUGCGUGCGGCCGCCGGAUGAUGCCGCAGCAGCACCACCACCACCACCACCAACCGGGACCAGGAGAGGUUCCCGGACGGAGCAGGACGAGGAGGAGGAGGAGCUUCAGAAGACCAAGGAGGAGGAGGUUCGUGAGGAGGAGGAGGUGGGGGAGGGGGGAAGCUCGCUCCAUGCGUGCGUCAAUUGCAGCUUCCGCAGUUCGACGCGAGGCGACCUUCUGGUUCACUAUGAGGCCUUCCAUCCCUGGCAGCAACCUCCCGUGCAGCCAUCACAGCCUCAGCCUCUGGUGAAGGUGAAGGUGGAAGUGGAGGAGGAGUUGGAGGAGGAGGAGGUGGAGGAGGAGGAGGACGAAGAGGAGGCGAUGGAUGGUGGCGAUAACGGAGACGGAUUUGCGACGGACACGAAAAAGAGGAGGAAAAUUAUGAUGGUGAUGCCAUCGUUGCUGGGUGACGGUGGUGAUGGUGGUGACGGUGGUGGUGAUGGUGGUGAUGGGGAUGCAGCAUUGUCCUUAGCCAGAGGUGUGUCUCCGGCGAGCACUAGCCCAGGCCGCAUGGUCACCUACCAUUGCAAGCACUGUAGCUUCUACUCGUGCACGAACCUCCACGGCCUGCUCACGCACUACGGCAAGAAGCACCCCGAGGUGAAGGUCAAGAUGUCGGACUUCCUGCGUCCCGAGGACCCCAAAUACAACUCUGUGUACAAGUGUCGGCACUGCCCCUACACCAACACGCGCAUCCACGGAGUGCUCACCCACUGCCAGAAGAGACAUCCGGAUGUCAAGGUGACCGCCGACGACUUUCUGCGCGACGCCGAGUUCACCCCGAGCUGCGGGGUCUCCCCGUGCCCCUCCAGCCCCCUGUCCAAGCCCAGCUUCGGGGCCUACCGCUGCCCGCUGUGCCCCUACGCCCACUCCAGCCUGGACAAGCUGCGGGCGCACUGCCAGCGCCAGCACUCCCGCGCCAGCCUGGCCGGCGCCUCCGGUGCUCACUCCUCCCUCUUCCUGCCGCCUCCACCGCCUCCGCCGCCGCCUCACCGCCACGCCCCACAGCAGCCCCACCGCCACGCCGGCGUCUCGGCUUCGUCGUCCCCCACGGCCGCCCCCCUCUCGGCGUUCUUCGCCACCUCCUCGUCGCUCUCCUCGCCGACCCUCGUGCCCCUCUCCUCCUCGUCCGCCCGCUUCCGCGCCAGCAUCGCGGGAACGCUGCCGCCGCCGCCGCCGCCGCCCGCGUCCGGGAUUCCGGUGGGGCCGGGGUCUGGGUUGGGGCCGUCCCAGCAGCAGCCGCAGCAGCAGCAGCAGCAGCAGCAGCGUCACCACCGCUACUUGUCGCUGGCUUCGCCGCUUCCGCAGCUACCGCCGGCAAAGUCUCCGUUGGCCACCGCCGGUGGAGCGCAGCAGCAGCAGCGGCAGCAGCAGCGGCAGCGGCAGCGGCAGCGCUCCGGCUCUCCCCUUGGAACGUUCCUCCAAAUCUUCUCCUCCGCUGCGUCUCCCUCGGAUCGCUCGGCGGAUUCCUUCUCCUCCUCCUCCGGCGGCGGUACCGGCGCCGGUGGUGGUACCGGCGCCGGCGGUACCGGCGGCGGCGGCGGCAACACCGGCCGGAGGAUGGUUUCCUCCUUCCCGGAGCCCGGGCGCGCCGUCUUCCGCUGCCGCCUUUGCCGCUACGCUUGCGGCACUCGCAAGGGCAUCGCCCGCCACUACCGCCUGACCCACAGCGACGUGCGGGCGCAGCCCGCCGGAGGCCUGAACCUGUUCGCGUGCACGCUGUGCGCCUACACCCACCCGCUGCGCAAGGGGCUCGCAUCGCACUACCAGAAGCGCCACGGGGACAUCGAGGCCUACUACACCCACUGCCUGGCCGCCCUCUGGGACGUGACGCCCGAGGGAAAGGCCGUUCCCGUAGUGGGGGCAGCAGCGGGAAUGGGACUGGGGGCACCGGGAGGACCGGGAGGACUGGGAGGACUGGGAGGACUGGGAGGAGGAGGAGGGCUCGGAGCUGUGGGGCUGGGAUCUGGCAUCGGGAGGCUGUCAGCCGGAGCUGCGGCCGGUUCCACGGCCGGAGUCGUGGGGCUGGGAUCUGGCAGGAAGGCGGUGAUUCUGGACGGCGCUGGGAAGUCUGUGAGGAUGGCAGCGAUGGGUGAACUCCGGAGAGGGCCAGAGCGGUGGUUGCCGUGGCGAUGUUCAUUCUGCGCCUUCCAGACGGAGACCAAGAAGGGCAUCGUGUCUCACUACCUCAAGAAGCACCCAGGCAUGUACCCCAAGAAGAAAUACUCGUCCAAGCUUCGCGAGUACUUCAGAGUCGUCUACGUGGAGAGUGGAGUAGCCGCUUCCACCACCACCACCACCGCCACCACAGCAGCAGCAGCAGCUCCCACGCCACAGCUCCCGCCAUAUCGGUGCGUGAGCUGCGCUGAGUCGGAGUUCGAGGACCUGGGGACUCUGGCGGCGCACUACACGGAGACUCACAGCCACCAGUUCCCGCGCGAGUUCUCGAUUCAGGAGGAGAGAGACACGGAGAGAGACAAGGAGAGAGACAAGGAGGGGAACACAGAGGGGGACACAGAGGGAGACAAGGAGGACACGGAGAGAGACAAGGAGGGAAACAUGGAGGGAAACACGGAGGGAGACAAGGAGGGAGACAAGGAGGGAGACACGGAGGGAGACACGAAGGGAGACACGAAGGGAGACACGAAGGGAGACACGGAGGGAGACACGGAGGGAGACACAGAGGGGGCCGGCCGGCUAUCGUGUCUCUCCUGUGGACUGAUCGUCCGCUCUGUGGGGGACAUGGGGAGACACCUGGAGCAGCACGGGGAUGCGGGGAGACAUGCCGGCGAGACCCGCGGGGGACAGGGAGACAACGCGGGGGGACAGGGAGACAACGCGGCUGAGCCCGAGUACAGUGAGAUUGCGGGCUAUCAGUGCCGCUUCUGUGGAGAAACUCACCACUCAAUGAAGGCCAUCGCCAACCACUUACGCAAGCACCUCAACAAGCGCGCCUCCCAGCCGGCCCCGUCGCCCGCCUCCGCCUCCACCACCGCUUCCGCCUCCACCGCCUCCGCCGCUGCCUCCACCGCCUCCGCCGCCUCCUCCUCCUCGCCUCUGCCCUCCGCGUCGUUGCCAUCGCGCGGAGGGGCCGGCGCCGGACACCGCGGCGCCGAUUUUCAGCCGCCGUGCGCCGAGCGGAGCUUCGGGGGAGUGGGGCCGACGGGAAGCAGGGCUCCCGCCGCCCCGUCGCCCCGGGGCGGCGGGGCCGGCAGCGGCGGCUCCCCCGAGGGCAGCAGCCGCGGCUACCCCUGCUCCGACUGCCCCCUGCUCUUCCGCUCGCUGGCGGGCCUCCGCUCGCACGAGAAGAGCCACGCCGCCGCCGCCGCCGCCUCUUCGGCGGCGGCGGCGGCCGCCUCGGGCGUCCGCUACAGCCGCGCGGAGGGGCGCUACAGCUGCGAGCUCUGCUCCUUCGCCACGGCGUUCAAGCACAACAUGUUGAGACACGUCCAGAACCGUCAUGGCCACCACAAGCCGUACCGCUGUAAGCUCUGCUCCUUCCGCACGGGCUACAAGACUUGCCUCACCAGCCAUGUGCAGCGUCUACACCCCACUAAUGUAUCCUCAGCACCAUCACAGCUGAGAAGAGAAGUCUCCAUCACGACUCCUGCAGCCGAUGGGUACCAAGAACCCAAGUACAUCGAGGCUCAGAUCAUGCAGUUCCACAACAGGAUGGCGAUGGCUUCAACGUUCACCUCCACCACCACCACCUCUUCCUCCUCCUCCACGUCCACCACCGCCGCUAAUUCCACAGAUCCCAACAACCACAACAACCACAGCAACCAAAGCAACCACCUCAACCACAAUCAGAGCCCCCACCACAACACCUCACCACCGUCGCAGUCGCCCACCAAGUCGCUCAACAAGUCAGCGGCUCUCCCCUGCGAGCUCUGCUCCUUUGUGAGCUCCCACGUCCAGAGCCUCAAGAGGCACUACCGGGACCGGCACAACGGGAAACGUCUCCGCUGCUGUACCCUCUGCACCUUCUACAGCGGCAGCAGGGAGGUGCUGGAGUCCCACGUCCGUGGGCAGCACGGAGGGGCGGGGCUCUCUGGCGGGGCGCCCCUCUCCGGUGGCGUGGGCCCGGCCGGGGUGGUGGGGGGAGGAGGCGGUGGGGGCUACCCCCCGCGGGCGGAGCUGCAGUGCCCCUUCUGCCUCUACAGCAGCCUGGACAAGGCAACCAUGAUCACUCACAUCAUACUGCACGGAGAUGAGCGUCUGCUGCCCGUAGAGACGCGCCGCUCCAAGCUGUCGCGCCACCUCCGUGGCGAGGUCUUCCGCUGCGCCCGCUGCACUUUCACGAGCGCCAGCCGUGCCACUCUGCUGCUGCACGCCUCACGCAAGCACGGCGGGGCGGGCACCGGGGCAGGGGGGCCCCGGGUGGGGGGCGCACCCCCCCACCACCACCCCAACCCGCCCCCGCCACAGGAGGGGAUGCGCGGGGGGGAGGCCGCGGGGAGGGCGCUGUUUGGGUGCCGGCUCUGUGCCCAUGAAACGGAGCUCCUGGCCGACGUCCAGAGCCACCUAAGGAGCAUUCACCGGGUCCAGAGGAACAUGGAGUUGGUGACUGAGGUGGUUGUUGCGGAGACGCUGGGUGGUGAGGGUGGGGAAGAGGAUGGGGGUGAGGAGGAUGGUGAGGAAGAGGGUGGUGAGGAUGGGGGUGAGGAUUGGGCCGGUGAGGAGGAAUCCAAGGUCUCCACUGGGGCAGGUGAUGGCAUCAUCAACACCACCAUCAUCAACAUCCACCAUCAUCAACAUCCACCAUCAUCAACACCACCGACCCUUCCGUUCGCGAGCCGGCAUCGUGCGGGGUUCGUGACGUCACCGCGCACGGGCUCCACCGUUUCCGCGGCGACGUCACGAAAGGAGCGCGUGCGCGAUUACGUCAUCGCGUACGACUAG